AUGUUUAGAGUUCAGAAUUUGUUUAAGUUGUCGAAUAAGAAUGUAUUUGCCCGUGGGUUUAGCUCCAAAGUGAUUGGUAUUGACUUGGGGACUACCAAUAGUGCAGUGGCAUAUAUCCGUGAUUCUAACGAUAGAAGAUCGGCUACUAUUAUUGAAAACGAUGAAGGUCAGAGAACUACUCCAUCUGUAGUGGCUUUUGAUAAAUAUGGGAAAGCUCUUGUCGGUGCUGCUGCAAAGAGACAAGCUGCUAUCAAUCCAGAAAACACUUUUUAUUCUACUAAAAGACUAAUUGGGCGUCAUUUUGAGGACGAAGAUAUUCAAAAGGAUGCCAAGAGUUUACCCUAUAGAGUCGUUAAGAAUGAACCUAAUGGACAGGCCUAUGUGAGUACCACUGCAGGCGAUGUAAAAUCUGCAGGCGAAAUUGGUUCCGCAAUUUUGAAGUAUCUAAAGGGUACAGCUGAAAACUAUCUGAGUGAAGAUAUUGACAAAGCUGUCAUUACCGUUCCUGCAUAUUUUAACGAUUCUCAAAGACAGGCAACUAAGGAUGCCGGACGAUUGGCAGGUUUGAAAGUUCUUAGAGUUAUCAAUGAACCUACGGCAGCUGCUUUAAGUUUUGGUCUUGAUGACGCUAAGAAUGAAGGUAUUAUUGCAGUUUACGAUUUAGGUGGUGGUACUUUCGAUAUCUCUCUACUAGAUAUUGAAGAUGGUGUAUUUGAAGUGAGAGCUACUAAUGGUGAUACACAUCUAGGUGGUGAGGAUUUUGACAAUGUGGUAUCCAAACACAUUAUAGACUCGUUUGUGAAAUCUAACCCAGGUGAAGAUCGUGAAGCUAUAUUCCGUAACAGAGAGAUGAUGCAAAGAGUUAGAGAAGCUGCCGAAAAGGCAAAGAUUGCUCUUUCUCGUGUUAAAGAGUACACCAUUGAGAUUCCUUUCUUCCAAGGAAAUAAGCAUGUGUAUUUGACCAUGACAGAGGAGGAAUUAGAUAAUAUGACAUUGCAUUUGAUCAAUCGUACAAUAGAACCUGUAAAGAAAGUACUCAAAGAUGCUGACAUCGAAGCCGAGGAUGUGGAUGAUUUACUUCUUGUGGGAGGUAUGACUAGAAUGCCUAAAAUAAGAAAUGUGGUUCGUGAUAUAUUUGGUAAAGAACCUAAUACGACUGUUAAUCCUGACGAAACCGUUGCAUUAGGUGCUGCCAUUCAAGGUGGUGUUCUCUCUGGUGAAAUUAAAAAUGUCUUAUUAUUGGAUGUGACACCAUUGACAUUGGGUAUUGAAACAUAUGGUGGUGUGUUUUCUCCUUUAAUCCCUCGUAAUACAACCGUCCCUGUGACAAAAACUGAAAUGUUUAGUACAGGUGUUGAUGGUCAAACUGGUGUUGAUAUCAAAGUUUAUCAAGGUGAAAGAGGUUUAGUUCGUGAUAAUAAAAACAUUGGUGACUUCACACUAACGGGUAUUCCACCACAGCCAAAGGGUGUUCCACAAAUAGCUGUCACCUUUGACAUCGAUGCAGAUGGUAUUAUUAACGUCUCUGCAAGUGAAAAGAGUACAGGACAAGAGAAAUCGAUUACAGUCAUUGCCAACAGUGGUCUUACUGAGGAAGAUAUUCAAAGAAUCGUAAAAGAAGCCAACGCUAACAAAGAAAGAGAUAGUAAGUUGAAACAACGUCUCGAAGUGAUAGCAAGAUCAGAUGUUAUGAUCGCAGAUACUGAAAACGCAUUCGAAAAAUUUAAGGAUAUUCUAUCGCUUGAUGAGUCCUAUCCACAAGUCUGUAGCGAUUUGAAAGAAAUCCGUUCAUUUGUCGACGAAUACAAGAAUAACGAAACUGAUUUUAGCCUUGAUCUGGAGAAGUUGAAGGCAGUUUCAGACGGAAUCCAAAUGAGAGCACUUCAAUUGUUCCAGACUGCUUCCAAAAUACAGGCAGAAUUGAGGAAAAAGCAACAACAUUGA